CCACACCCUUAAGAUAAAUCUUUUCUCUCAUUCAUUUUUUUCCUUUUCAUCUGAAUAAGUAUCAUAAGGUUUAUUGAUGACACAUAAUAUUUACGUUGUUAUAAUUUAUUCGUUCGUCACACGCCAUAAUUUUCUUAAUGACUAAUUGCACAUGUGGGAAUGGGGAAUAUGUAUAUUUAUAGCAUUGAUUGUUAUAUAUUUUAUCAUUUUUUUUCUUCUUACCACAAAAAAAAGAGUGGGAUGCUAUAUUCGUAUAAUGGGAUUACUGUUUUUUUCUCUAAAUACAACAACAUGAUUUUGUCUAUAAAUACCUGAUGAAAAUAGUUUUAAAAAACAUUAUUGGUAAGUCAUAUAGUAAAUAUUCAUUAGAUAUUAUUCUAAUUUUGGUUUUUUUAGAUUUGAAUUGUUUAUUGUCUUGAAAAUUAUUAUAAUGGAUUUACGAAUAAUUGGAAUUGUUAUAUUGGCUGUAGUUAUGGAUAAAGUUUGUGAAGAAUUUGUAGUUUUUGUUCAAAAUGCUGUUGAUCGUCACAAACAAAUAACAAACGUCGAUGAUACAACGACAGUGAAAAAAACUCGUACGUCUAUUACCCAAUGA